UAUUUUAUUAUUGUUAAAAUAAAAUAAAGAAAAGUUUUGGAUAUAUCGAAUAAAAGGUAGAACAAAGUAAAACUCGAUACGAACGCGAGCGAUCGGGCGCAAUUAGCAAGUAGACGCAAUUAGCGAGUUUGACGCAAUUUAAAAUAUCGCAGCGUCCGCUCGGAACAUCAUUUGCAACUAUUAUCGCAAACGGAAUCAAUUAAGACGACUAGAAUGUCAGGUUGUCAAAAGAUUGCAUUAGACUAAUUAUUUCUGCCAAAGAUUUCUGCCAAAGAAUAACGAUAAAAAGGCGCGACGAAGCUCCGCAAAGUGGCUGUCUCCGAAAAGUUUCGACAAGGCAAGAAACGAAAUAAAAAACGCCGGUCGAAAUCAACGACAAAUUUCGCUACUUCUGACCUAAGGCCAAUUAUUUACAAAAUGAGGAUACCGUUUCUCAUUCUCUGUCUGGCUGUGGUGUACGGAGCCUGCCGGACAUACGGACGUGAGGAAAGUAAUAUCGACUUGACUGGAGAAUUAAAAAAUAAUGGAGAUAACAAAUUCGACCUUGCACCAACAACAGACCUACCUCUCGAGAAAUUUCUCUCGAGGCAUAGAAGAUUUGCCAGUUUGUUGUCACCAUUGUCAUCAAUUACAAGUGUUACAAACCCGAUAGAUACGGCAUUAAAGCUAUUUGGGUUGGACAAUUGUAUUAUAUCUACAAUGGUAGACGGGAUAAAAUUCAUAUCUGGCGCACUGACUGGACAAGAUGUGUGCCUCAAAGUAGAAAAAUUAUCCCUCAAUUUGAACGCUAUACUACAUCCAAUUGAAACGGCCAAAACCGUAGUGUGCUACACCUUCCAAACAAUUGGGUCAGGUACCCGUGCAUUAAUAGGAAAAGGGUUUGAGCUAGCUUCACAAUUCUUCAGAAACGUAUUCCUACCAGGACUGCACACGAUGUUGAAUAUAUUCGACAAAACUGGUCUCUUACCCCCACAAAUCAGUGCAAUGAUCAAAAUGUUCAACAUAGUUUAUUCAAUCUUACAAAUAUCUGGAUAUGUCCCGAAAUAGAAUUUCAUUUCCCACUCUUAAAAACUGCAAAGUUAGAAAAAAACGUAAUAAUUUAUGACUAAGACAUUUCUUCGCCAGUAUCAAAAAAUAUGUAAAAGAAAAGAAU